GGUGUUUCAAGUCUUGCUAUUUAUACAUGUUCCCAUAACUCUAUCAUCACAUCAAAACGCAAUAUUGAACUAUCAAACACUAACAAACAUGGCACGCUUUGACACUAUUGCUACCACUAUACCACUCAAAGCCAUAAUGUUUAUGGCAUUGAUAUUCCUUACAGUCACUUCCACAACUUCAAGCCGAAUCCUCAAUGAACUAGAAACACCAGAAGAACCAGCUGGUGAUUUUGCAGAGUCCCCUGUUUCUUCCAUUCUCCCUCCACUCGGUGCCCCGGCAGUCGCAGCCACAACCAGUGAUAUUCCCGAGCAGCACCACACACUGUCAUUUUUCAUGCAUGACAUUCUCGGCGGCUCCAAUCCAACAGCAAGAGCAGUGACCGGAGUCGUAACAAAUCCCGCCCUCAAUGCUCAAGUCGCAUUCGCAAAGCCCAACGGUGCAAACAUUCCUCUAAACAACGGCAUUUCCCAAAACAAUAACAACAACGGAGUUUUAAACAACAACAACCUUCCUUUCCUAACCGGACUGAGCGGAAACACAGGGAGCGUGUUCAAUAACAAUAACGGGAACAAUGGAAAUGGUUUCCCGUUGACGAAUAUGAAUCAAGUACCACAAGGAACGACAGUGCAAAAGCUGAUGUUUGGUACAAUGACAGUAUUUGAUGAUGAAAUAACAGAAGGGGAAGAGUUGGGAUCAGGAGGAUUUUAUAUAGCAAGUUCAGUGGAUGGAAUAAGUCAAGUAAUGGGUUUCACUGCAAAGUUUGAAGAGAAUGGUUAUGCAGAUAGUUUGAGUUUCUUUGGAGUACACAGAACACAAGUGUCACAAUCACAAAUUGCCAUCAUUGGAGGAACAGGAAAGUAUGUGAAUGCAAAAGGGUUUGCUAUUAUUAAGACAUUUCCUGUUACCGGUCAGCAACACAACACUGAUGGACUUGAAACUCUCUUGCACCUUACUGCAUAUCUUGCCUAUUAACUUAUCAUGUCUUUUAUUUAUAUAUUAUCAUUGAAUUUGAAUGAAUGAACGAACUUAUGUUUUACAGUCAAAACAAUAUUGGUGUUUCGUGUAAUGUUAUGCUGUUUUGUGCUAGAUUUAGACAGAGAAGAAAUAGAGUAUGCUUGGAUAUUUUAAAGAGUGAAUAUGCAAAUUUGUUCUUCAAAUCGUAAGAGUUGGUCUCAUUACUCCUUGAAUUUUGUAAAUUGAUAAAUAUAUUAUUGAAGUUAUGAAAUAUCAAUCAAAAUGGUUCAUUGGUAAA